AACACACCUGUUUGGGAGUGAAUUACCAGGAACUCUAAAAAUGCUGAAUUUCCAUUUAUUCAAUGUAUUUUAUAUAUUUCAGAGGAUAAGCUGCAUACUGGGAAGUGAUAUCAGGAUGAUCGGGAGACUAAGACUAGCGCAGUGUAUGAGAGUGAGCUGUUCUGUUGUGCCGAGAAGUCUUUCAACCACACCUGCGGUCGGCACAGGCGAGCGGGAAAAGGAGAGUUGGAAAACAGAGCCAGAGAAAGAAGAGCUACCAAAAGGAGAGUGGAAAAGUUUUUUCCAUUACUUUGCUCCAAAAAGAGGAAUAACAGUUGAUGUUGUGCAUCACCUGCAGAAAGGCUUUGAUCUUCGCCCCAAAGCAAUUCAGAAAUGGAUAAAGAAGAUAAAGCAGAAAAGGGAUGAAGGUGAUCAAACGUUUCGAAAAGACAGAGUAGCAGCUCUUGGCUUUGACUUAGCUGCUGCACAUUUCAUAGUCCAUCGUGGUGGCAAGGUCAGAUUCAAAGGCAGUCAGGAAUGGACACAGCAAGAUGAAGAUGAAGAAUAUGAUCUACCUGGUCAUUACACUGAAAAUCUUGUGGUUGAAGCUAUUGAUGCCUCAGAAACAAAUAUUCUCUAUGAGGGAAUUGAGUGCUUAAGUAAUUUAAAGCAGUUGACAUGGCUGAGUGUUGCAAAUUGCCCCCACAUUGAUGACUGGUGCAUUGAUCGUAUCUGUGGCCAGUACGCUUCAACCCUUAAACAUCUAGACAUCAGUAAUUGUACAAAAAUUACACAUCGUGGCAUUGCUGCUUUAGCACGUCUUAGAGAGUUAAAGACUCUACAUGUCAAUGGACUAGAAAAUAUCAGAGACAUCCAGUUACUGUGCUUACUCCUUGAAGACAUUUUACCAGAAAUUGAAAUAGUUGGAAUCAAUUACAUGGACACAUCAAGUUUACAGAUACCAACCCUUAAUGAAGAUCGGUAAUCAUAAAUCUCUCUCUAAAGUUCUGGAAUUCAGUGUAUGGCUCCUGACAGCUGACUUAGUGGCUCUCUGUCUAGGAUAUAUUUUGUUCAUGAGUAUUUCUAAAAGCCUAUUCUUGAUUUUUGAUGUGCAAUUAGUACUAUCCAUGCUCUUUUCCUCUAAAGAUAUUUCUAAACUUGAAAGAAAGCAAGGGAAGUGUCAAACUGUAAUUAUGUAGUUAUGUAAAAAAUUGGUUUUACAUAGGACACCAAAAUGAUGAUUUUGCAAAAUCAGUGAAUAUCACUCCUUAUACUGUAAGAUACAGUAGUAGCAAAUGCAUUUAGUUUGUUUUGUAUAUUGUAUGUAAAAGAUUAUGUAACUAAUCCUACAAAAGGCUGUGUAUAUUAUAUUAGAAGACACUUCAUGUCCUAAAGUGUAAUGAGAAUCUCUUAAAUACAAAAUAAAUUGAGGAAUGGAAUAAGUCAUGGAUAUUACAGGCUGAGAUGGUCAAAUGGAUAAUCUUUAAAAAAUAUAUCAUUCUGCUAUGAUUGAAGAGAAAUGUUACAAAAAAAGAAAUUGAUAUUGAAGUGAUGUAGAAGAUCACAAAAGUAAGCAGAAUUAAGAAUGAUUUGAGGAUGCAUACACAUUUCAUGAAUGGCAAUAGUGAAUGUAAAUAUUGUAUAUUUUGUUUUCUUUUUCCACUUGGAUUAAAUAGGUCACUGACA